AUGGAAUUCCACCCCGACGUUGAGAAUGUCUUUAUUGGUGGCGGGUGUAGUAGACAUGCUUUCAAUUUCCUUUCGGUACUGGUAGAGUACCUGCGCCGAGCAUGGGACAAGGUACUGAUGCCCCAUUUGGCUGCCAAGUGGCGAUACCACACGGAGCAUGAAAAUCUGGAGGAUGCUUUCUGGGGAGAUAGGAGUCGUGGUGGACCGGAACGUCGGGAGCUGGAUACUCGUGAGCGAUCUAAGGUCUGA